GAUUUAAAUCAAGUAAAAGUAAAUAUGGCCAGUGGAAUUACUGGAGGCUCGAGCGGAGCGUCGUCCAUAACUCCAGAGUUUGUAAGAACUCUGGAAACUAAUUUGCACCAGAAUAUAGCCCGUCUCGAAAAUACAAUUGAACAGUACAAGACUAGCAAUGCAACUUUAAAACAAGAAUUGGAGAGCAAGGCCACCAAAUUGAAGACUAUGGUGAAAGAAAUACAUGGUCGGAAAAAAAGAGUUGAAGAACUGAAAAACACCCAGAAAGACCUGGACCAGUCCAACACAGAAUUAACUCUCUACGCAUCAAAGUUGAAGGCAGAUUUGGAGGCGUAUGAGAAAGAGAACAUCAGACUUCGUAACGAGCACCAGGAAGUCCUCGACAAAGCCGAUGCUAAGUGGGAAAUGUACAAGGCAAAGUACGAAGAGCGGCCAAUGGUCAAAUUGAUGAGGCAGGAAGAAGGCAAUUUAAAAAAAUCCAAGAUUGAGCUGAUGGUCAAGCAGAAUAAGCUAAUGGAACUGAAAAAAAUUAUUGCAACACGCGAAUCAAUUCACAUAAAACAGAGGAAUUGCCUUGUAAUAGAAUGUGCGAACAUAUAUAAGGAAGCUGAAUCCGAAACAGUGAAAAUGCGUGCUGCAUUGAGCGCUCAAACCGAGCUGCAGGAAAAAAUAAAGCAGCAGGCAACAAUGAUAAAAGAGUUUGAGGAUGAACAAAAGGAGAAGUCAAGAAUGUCGCAAGAACAAUUAGCAGGUGGCAAAAUUGCAAAAAGAGAUUUUAAUUACACUAUGUCACAAUUCGAGCGUAUUAAAAUCCCUCCCAAAAGUGUUCCACCAACUUUUCCUGACUGGUGGAACGAUAAAUCAGACAGCAUUUCCAUUACCAGCUCAAUGAUCGAUGCGCUAACUGAGCCAGCUGCACAGCUGCAACUAGCCGAUGUAACGAAUACUGAAGUACCUGAAGCUAGACAGUCACCUAAUCCUCAACAGAGUAAUAGUCAAAAUACAGAUGCUCCUUGCUUUGCAGAAUCGAAUGAACAAAUAAUCUCUGAUGUUGAAAAGGGUCAAGCUGCGGCGGUUGACCCGGAUGUAAUCAACCCCUCAAGAAAAGCUUCCAAAGAUACGGUCCAUAGGAGAAUAUGUGAGGGGUCAGAGAUACUAAACGAGGGAAAUAUUCAACCAAGUCAGAUUAGAGGACAAAAUUUUAACGACGAAAAGACAGAGGAAGAAGGAAAUGGUGUGGGGCAAUGGGUCAACUUGGAUUCCCUCGAUUAUUGUACACACGAAGAACCUGAGCCGAAGCGGCCAAAGAUAACCAGCAUUUCAUCUGUCAAGUUUAACAUCCCCCCGAAGAUGACGGAGUAUUCAAAGUGUAAGCAACAGCCUCCACCAUCGCCAACCUUGUCUCAUAUGGAUUCGAUAUCCGAAUGUAGCUGGAGGCCGAAGCAAUUUUAAUCUAUUUAAUGUAGUUUAACCAUAGCUUUGUUACAUUUUCUAGAUGAUUCAAUUCUCAACUGUGAUCAGGCAUCGCAGCAAUCUGCGGAUACAAUGGAGCGAUUUCGUUUAAUGCUGUCACCGCAACCGAGUCUAAACGAGAGUGAAGACCAGCACUCAGAAAGGGGAAAUUCACAACAGACCCCUCAACUAUCUAGAUCUGCAUUUCUCAUAGGCGAAAUCCGUGCAGCACCUUCGCCUUUUAUCGACAUAAGCAACAAGGAGACAGCGUCAACACCUCGUGGAAAUAAGAGCAAAUUUUCUCUCAAUAUGUUUUAAAGGUAAACAAUAACCAUUAGAGUUCAGCAUAUCAA